GGCGGUCAUAUAUGUCAUGUAUCAUUUGGCGGUGAUUGACUCAAGUAGAUCGUAACAUGAGAUAUCGGUAAUUGUCCAACGUUACAACGUAUCUAGAGCUGCUAUUCGCUGCAUGUGGGAGCGUGGCUCGUAGUUUUCUAUAAUCCGCGUGUAGCAUCUCAAAGUCUUGUAAUACUUAAGACUGGUUACCGUUGAGCUUCAAGGAAUCGUUGCUGUUCCUCGACCAACAAGACUGACUCAAACUAAAGAUGAGUGCGACAAAGUACAAGCUUGAUAUCAGCGAAGCAGAAGUUAAGUCGGCAAGUCCUACUAAGGUAGUGUUGUAUGUUUUGUUUGGGAUUGGAAUUAUUCUGAUUAUUGUUGGGUUAGCGCUUAUCAUCGUUGGCGCUGUAAAGAAGAGCAAAGAAUGUGAUUCAAGUAACUUACCAUCAACGUCGGUGCCUCCAACCACACCAGCACCCACGCCAGUAAGUCAAGCUAACUUCUCCUCUGAAGCACUAAGAGUUGGAUUUCACAAGUUCUUGGAAGAAGUUAAAACGACUUAUUACAAGUCGAAUCCAAACUCGAUCGUUUACAACCCAGAUGCAACACCCGUUCUUAUCAAAGAGGUAUUUUCUCCUUAUAAAUGUCACCCCAAGGACAUCAAGAACCGCACCGAUACAGCCAGGGAGCUGUACGGCAGAACCAUUAAGAUAUCUCAAAUGGUGGAUCCUGCGAAACUCUUUCCUCGCGAGGCUAAAGCCCUCGAGCAGUUGAAACAUUUCCUGCAAAGCAACUUUGGAGCUCCGUAUGAUGAGAAUUACUACGCUGGUGAUUGGCUUCUGGGCCCUAACUUGUUUUGCUGGCAACCAAUUUGCGCCGUUGGCAAUGACAUUAAAUCUCACUUCACUUACAAGUCCAAAGGCUUCAGACCAAAAACCGUCGAUGAUGUUGAGUUUGUCAUAAAUCAUUUGAAGCAGCUGAACGACUCAUUGACACAGUAUGUUGAAAACUUGAAGUAUGGAAUCAAAGCAGGGUAUAUUAGAUCUAUCGAAGAAUGUAAGGCAGGAUUAGGAACCAUGAAAAGAAGAUUCUUAACAGUAGCACUUCAUGGAAAACAAGGAAUUCUUAAUGCAAGUUUUGUCCGAGACAUGAGGAACGCCAAAUGGUACGCUGACCUCGAAGGCACAACCAAAUCGUCAUGGAAACAGAAUAAAGGAAAAGAAGUGGAGGAGUCGAUCGAUGAAUCACUUGUCGAGAAUGUCGGCCUUCCUCUGUACAAUCUUUUACAAUAUCUCGAGUUGAAUCACUCGAGGUACUGCGUCCCCAGUAACGUGUCCAGCGGUCUUGCUAAUCUUCCAAUAGAUUAUGUGUACUUCGAUGCCAAGAAGACCAACCAAACAACGACCAAAGUACUGCCGUUUGGAGAAAAGCUGAAUGGAUCUGAAGCCUACAAGAGCAUAUUGCCUUAUUUUACCACUACAAACAUGAGUCCUGAUGAGAUAAAUAAGCUUGGUUGGUCCAUGUUGGACAAGCUGUAUCCAAAAGCCAUUGCAAUCGCGCGGGAAAUCACGGGUGUCAAUGACAGUGACCAGGCCGUGACGGAUUUCAAAAAGAAGCUAUCGAAAAUGUUUUUUAAUGAGAAUCCAAUCCCCGACAAUGAGACGAAUGAGGAUGCGGCGAUGAAAUGUAUUGAUAUGGCGAGCGCUAAGAUACACUGUUCUCAAAGAUAUGCAUCGAUGCUCAAGUGGUUUGAUUAUGUAAAUGGCGUACUUUCUCUUUUGGCCCCCAAAACCGUGAAUAUGUUUCAUUUUACUGGCGCAAAGCAAAGCACACCAAACUGUCCAGUCCAGGUAGUGGCAAACUUUAAUCCAGGAACAGGUUCACAGAGCUACAGCAGCAGUGAUCGUUCCUGCUCUCGACCCUGUAGAUACAGAUUACCGUUCUACUUAAAGGACCAUGGUCCCAUAUACAAUGCGUAUUCUGUGGCUGCGCACGAAGCAAGGCCUGGGCACCAUACUCAGGUACACAGUUUUGUUGAGUUAUUCAGUGAUGAUCGUGGCGAUAUCAUCAGUUGGUUGAAUGGACUUAGUUACUACACGGCUUUCACAGAGGGUUGGGCAUUGUACGCUGAGAACCCGCUUAUCACAGAAGAGACUGAUACCUAUGACAACCUCCCUCUACAGAAAUAUGGCAUGUUAAAGUGGCAAAUUUGGCGCGCUUUACGUCUAAUUGUAGACACUGGACUUCAUUACAAAGGUAUGACAAGACAUGAAGCUUUGGAAUUGUUUGCCAAAUACGCCUGGGAUAGAACUGAUAAAGCCAUCAAAGAUGUCACGCGUUACCAAAGCGACCCGGGACAAGCCACGGCCUACAUGAUUGGUCAGCUUGCUAUAUGGAGCUACCGCAAUGCUACCAGUCAGCGGAUUGAAGCUCAAGGAAAGACAUUCAAUGAGAAGGAUUUUCAUUUCCAGGUGCUUUCUCAGGGUUCGUCUCCUCUCAGUUACCUCGAAAGUCAUCUAAAGAAGUUUGCUGAUUGCACCAUUGACCCCAGUACUUCUGGCUGCAAUUCUAUUCUCAAUCCCGAUUUCGCUGCAAAGAGAAACAAGCAAACAUUAGAGCAAGUGGAGAUGCGUUCCUUCACCGAUGACGAGGAUCAAGACCACGUGUUCUUUGAUGGACCCCCUCAGGAUCCAAGAUUCUUUCGCGAACACUAUGACUGACGAGUUACCAGUUUUUGACUGGAUCGGAAGAUAUUAGUUGUGUUUGACAGGACUGAGGGGAAGAAUUGGAAUAAAAGAUAGAAAAUUCUG